CUACCUCCAGUAUUUAUUAUUUUAUCUAUUUUUUUUUUUGAAUGUCUCUUAUUAAUUUACAGAUUUCUUUUGUUUCUAUUUUUGAAAUGAGACCACUAACUUUCCACCAGACAUAUAUUACUUUUUAACAAAAGAAUCGGGUAAACUAAUAAAGACGGAAGGAAAUAUAAAUAUAAUCAUAGUUGGAUCUCUACUCGACAAUCUUUGCAAAACCUAUAUUCUCUUAAAACCUGGGUACUCGUGUCCACUUUUUCAUUAAUUUACCCAAGCUGUGACGAUGUGAUCUUUCCUGACCCACCGGGCAGGCGGCCACCACAACUCCAACCUCAAUUCAACAUCCACCCUUUCUUACUUUUCAGUUUUCACCCCCAAAAAACACACAACCACCCAAAAAAAAAAAAAAAACAUGCGAGUUUCAGCGGUGAAAAUCCCAGCUUCUCGGCUAAAACUGAUCCUGAUAACCAUCUUCAGCAUCUCCACAAUCUACCUCCUAAACCGGCAAUCCCUCCUCCUCCUUUGUCCUUCUUCUCUCCCCCCUCCCGAUCUCUUCCUCCGCCAAUCUCUCUCCUCCACUCCUACCACCAUUCCCACUACUCUCCAUCACCUCUUUUUCUCCAUCGCCUCCUCUUCCUCUUCCUUCCCACGUCGUCUUCCCUUCCUCUCUCUUUGGUACUCCCCCAACUCCACCCGCGCCCUCCUCUUCCUCGACAAACCCCCUCUCUUCAAACCCCCUCUCCCUUAUUAUAUCUCCUCCGACACCUCCCAUUUCCCCUACUCCUUCCCUCGUGGCCAUCGUUCCGCCAUCCGUGUCGCUCGCAUUGUUAAAGAAAGUUUUGAACUUUAUGAACCAGAUGUCCGCUGGUAUGUUUUCGGGGACGACGACACUGUCUUUGUCCCCGAGAAUUUGGUGGCUGUUCUUAGUAAGUAUGAUCAUGAGAAGUUGUUUUAUAUUGGGAGCAUUUCCGAGAGUUUAGAGCAGAAUUUAAAGAUGUCUUUUGGUAUUGCUUAUGGUGGUGGAGGUUUUGCUAUUAGUGCUACUUUAGCUAGGGCUUUGAGUAAGGUUUUGGAUUCUUGUUUGAUGCGCUACCCGCAUUUGUAUGGAAGUGAUCAUCGGAUUUCGUCUUGUAUUACUGAGCUUGGUGUUCACUUGACUCUUGAAUCUGGCUUUCAUCAGGUUGAUGUGAGAGGAGACUUGUUUGGUAUGCUUACUGCUCACCCAUUGUCACCUUUAUUAUCUCUUCAUCAUUUGGAGCUUGUGGAGCCUGUUUUUCCUAGCAAGAAUCGGACAGCGGCAGUCCAGCACCUUUUUAAGGCUGUGCGUGUUGACCCUGGUAGAGUUUUGCAACAAACUGUUUGCUAUGACUACACAAGUAAUCUGACUGUUUCAGUUGCUUGGGGCUAUGCCGUUCAAGUAUAUGAAGGCAAUCUACUUCUUCCGGAUAUUCUUGCAUCACAGAGAAGUUUUACACCCUGGAGGAGGCGAGGCAUUAAUAUUCCUGGCCAGUAUGUAUUUGACACUAGGGACUAUCCUCAGGAUCCAUGUAAAAGACCUCUGGUUUUCUUUCUGGAAGAUGUUGCUUCUGGGACAGGGAGAGUCUGGAGCAAAUAUAAGAGGCACAUUACUCACAGUUGUACCCGAGUUGCUGCUAUUGUGAACCUGAAAGACAUAAGAGUGUUUGCCAAGAAGCUGCAAUACAACGUUGGACAGGUUGGGGCACCCCGUCGUGAAUGCUGUGACAUAAUACAUCCCUUUAAUAAAUCAAUGGUCAUUGAUAUCAGGCACUGUGGCUCUAAUGAGUUGAUUGCCAUGAAUGCAUAACUGCAGGAUCACGUAUUACUACGUGUUCCGUGUUUUGAUGAUGUGGUGGUGGAAAUUCAUGUAUACCUGCUUUUUGAAAGACUACAUGAUUUCAUUGUCAAGGUAAUGACUUUCUUCUUGCCACCAUUGUACUGUCCGGCAUUAGUGGGUCAUUUGUCAAUGAUGGCAUUUUAUGCAGCUUAGUUAUUUGUAAGAUGCAUACCGUUAAUAUCUAUCCAUGUAAAGUUACGGCUACUUGUUCAAUGAUGUUAGUACUUCAAACAAAUCAGCAUGGUGGUUUUGAGAGGAAAUUACAAAUUUGCGAAAUUUGACGGUUGACUCGGCUCUAUCUGGAUCCAGCACUUGAUUCGUUUAUGCUUCAUCCCCUGUGGAGGAGGGUUCCAACUUUUUCAAGGACUGGAAGAGCUUCAUUUUAGAUCAAAAACUCGAUAACUAUCAGCUUAGACUUUCUUUCUGAAUAGGCAGAUAGGCUUGCAUAGUUGCAUGCCUGCCAGUCUGUUAUCAGUCCUACAAUUAAACUUACGAAAGGGGUGAAUUUUGGAGCGGCUUAAGGGUAUCUGUCUUCAAUUCCCACGCACCGAGGCAGGUGAAGACAUGCAACUUCCAUUUUCAAUGUAUGCCGUCCUAUGUUACAAGAAAUUUCAAGAUGAAGAAGCUAGCCCAAAUCUUAUAAAAUAUUUUUGUAGUUAGGAUAUUAUCAUUGGAUGUGUAUUAAUUCUCUUGAAAAAAUUUGGUUUAGGUGGAAAAGUAUGUAGUGUUUCAAAAUAGCAUGCUGACUUGUCAAUUACCUUAGUCCCCAUAUAACGUUGUUGAUACUAUCCUAUAUGGGUUAAGAGUAUGAGUAGAGGAAAACAAAUUAUGUGGUUCUCCACUUCUUCUCACAUUGAGGAGCUUCAUUUUUCUCAUAACUCUCCCAGAAAGUUGAGCAACUUAUUUGUC